AUGAAUAAUCAGCUUAAUUAUCUUUUGAGACAAGUAAAUUAUAAUACGAUUAAAGCCCCCGAUAUACAAUAUGUGCGAAACCUCAUUUCUCAAGUGAUGAAUGGUAGAAAUUAUCGAAGAAUGACGGGUAGAAAAUUACUGAAAAGAAACGUGAUACUCGAGGCCAAUAGAGUUAAUUUUCAUUAUCGACAUAUAAUUAAUCUUGCGACGAACCAUUUUUGGUCGCAUUUAACCGUUUCCCAGCGAAAUCAAUUCACAACUUUAGCGAAUAGAGUAAAUUUUAUGAAUCCAAACUAUACCAUUCGCAUGGAUACACUUUUAAGGAUUUCUCAAUUAACUGGACGACAAGAAACGACUAGUGAAUUUGCAGACAUGUUUUAUCAUGGAUCUAGUUUUCCUUGA